AUGGCGCUCAAGGCGGCGGUGCUGCUCGGGUCGGCCGCUUCGUCCAUGGCGUUCCUCGCGAGCCCUUGGCUGCCAUGCACGAGCUUGAGAGGACGAACGACAGCCCAUCCCGCUGCUGUGAGGAUGCAGCUGGGAGGAGGAGGCCUGAAGGGUCUAGGGGGCGACCCGGACACUUACCGGUCAAGGCUGAUGGAGAGAAAGAAGAAGCUGGAGGAGGGGAAGGGUGACAUCAGAUACAGCCCAGAGCUGUUGAGCAUGAUUCAAAAAGAUGAGCAGACUCUGUUCAGCAUGCUGGAUACGCCGCUAGGGAACGAGGAGGUGGAGAGGCUGAAGGCGAUCAACAGCGACGAUGUGAUGAUCAUGGAAGACGACGAUGAAGACGACUGGGAGAUGGAGCAGGCGUUGCUCGAAAUGUUUGUUGAGCAGGGAGACGUCGAUCCCACGAAGCUGCCCAAGACAGGGCAGGACUGCCUGGUUGUCAAGAAGCAAGUUGUUGUAUACACUGACAUGCAGGUAGGAGGGAGGCUAUUCGAAGAAGAGAAGGACGGGGACAAGGCGGAAGCGGAGGAGGACGAGGACGAGGAAGAGGAUGAGAACGAAGACGAGGGCGAGGGCGAGGGCGAGGGCGAGGGCGAGAACGGGGAGUAG